CAAUAAAGAAAAUAUUGAGAAGUCCACGACUGGUGACUUUUCUAUUCUUCAAGCUAGGAAGCAGGAUGUCGCUUCUGCUAUGAAGAACCUCGUGUCUGUUAGAUAUGAAAAUAUCAGAUAAGCUCCGGCAUUGUCAGCUGUCUUUGGCAGGGUCUUCUCCCCAACCAGUCCUUUGUGACGGCAAAAAGUGCCACAGUAUGCACAGUACUCUAUCAAUGCUAUCAUCCCAAAUCGAUCCCAGGUAGUGAUGCUUCGAGAUGUCUUCAUCUGGUGGUUGGGUUAUUCCCUUGGUUGAGCGACUGAUAGACUUGGGAUUGAAAAAGCCCAGGAGCCUAGAAGUGGAGGAUGAUGGGAGUAACUAUCGCUUGGCCGAGUCUACACAGAGGGCAGCUCGUAUCGUUCAGCAACAUGAAACUUGGAAGAAGCAGGUUACCUUGACCGACUCGAUUGCCCAGAUCAAUGCUAUCCUUACCAGAAACUCAAUAGAACAGUACAGCCGAGAAUCGAACUCUCCUCUGUUUAACCUCGACGAUUACAAAGGCAGUCUGAUUCGACUGAUUGAAUUUGAGAUUGUCUUUGAAUAUUCAGUGUCUGAGCCAAGAGUGUAUCUCUACGUUGAGCGUUUCCAGAUUGACAAAGAAAAGGGGAAAUCGAAGACACUUGCGCCGGGAAAACUUGUGAAGAAUAACAAACCUCUCUUCAGGCGUAUGUCGGAGCUUUAUCUCCACAUCAAGGAAGCCGAAAAAGCCAGAGAAAUCGACAGGGUUGCUGAAGGUGAUGCGUACGAAUCUGACAGCUCCACGGGGUCUGACCGGUCUUUGAAACUCCAAAAUCCCUUACAAUUUAAAAGCACCCCUGCAAGAGGUAGGAUCAAUGUCCAGAGUGGCACCGUCCUUCAUGCGACAGCAUCUCAAGAGGGCUUUGUCUCACAACAACCGGGCCAUUCCCAUACAGUAGACCAGGACUUUGACCAACGGUAUUCGACAUCUACAACUUCUCUCCUGUUGCAGCAUCUUAAACCUCAAAAUAAAGCUGUUGGUGACGUUGCAAAACCGCGAAGUAAAGGAGAACCCCAGAAGCCAUCAAAAAGCCCUCCAUCGGCUUCCUCGUCAGAGAAAAGAAAAGAGCAGAGCGGCUGGACGACCGAGUCAUCGACCACGCUUGCUAAGAACAAUAACAAUGUGGGCCAUGGCCGUCUAGCUAUGGGAACUGGAGUUAUUGUUCAUACGGAAACUAAUCGCAAGUCCACUCCAGUUAACAUACUAGCAGAGGGUGAACAACGUUCGACAACCUCUACUCAAGUCAUGGAGAAUCCCUGGUACGGACUUGAAAGAAUUCGCAAGCGAGAUGUUAAUAUUCCAGAGGACCAAGACGCCAUGACCUGGUACUGGAUACCUCCAGAUCCAGGGGCCAGCAUGCCUCAGGCCAAUGUGCCGCCACGGCUCCUCGCGCAAUGGAACAAGAUGGUUUUCCGCCGAAACCACCCUGCCGCCGAGGAAGAAAUAGAACCUCCAUCAAAUGUUGAAUUUUCACAACUGGUUGAACCUCACACUCCUGCAUCCGGAGAAUCAGAUACUGACUACUCAUGGGAGGAAACCCCAGAGAAUGGUCGAAGAACCAGAUUGCCGGCAGAUAGUAGCCCUCCUCGAGAACGAAGCGUCGCCAGAGCGGUGGCUGCAAUACCCGUGGAAGAUAUCUCAGUACAAGAUGGAUUGUUUACACAGCCUUCAGAUCCUGGGCCAGAUGUCCAAAGCAAUGAACGCCCACAUACUCGAGCUGAUAAUGUUCUAGCUCCGGGCCCUGCUCUUGGGGUUAUGAUGUUCAAAACGAACGAGUUACAGCAAGGCAUUGAAGAUGCAUUUGUUGGAAUAGCUGAGCAACCCAUUAACCAUGAAUCGGACGCAGAAAGUGAUGAGUCAGUCAUGGAUACAUCUGUUCCUCGCCCACUUCGGAACAGCUCACACCAAGAUCUGUUCGGCAGUCAGAUCGAUGAAGACAUCGCCAGCUCCGGACAGUUUUCAGCAAGCCAUGUCGAAGAAAGAGUCCACGUUCACGUUGUGGAGACACCUGAUACGACAAGUAAUCGCUUACGCCCUAAGAUAGAUGACAAAGGCCCUGUUGGCUGGGAGGCAGGUUCGUCUCAGCAGUUCUCAUCACAAGAUCCCAAUAAGUCCUCCCAGUCGCGUGUUGAGAAUACUUACGGUAGCCAUGAAAGCCAAUUGGCCACAACACCCUCUCAACGAAGGCCAACCCACCUGACCGAUCUACAAAAUAAUUCUCAAGACCUGAGUAUCUUCGAGACCCAGGUCUCUAAUGCAAACGGAUCUGCUGCUGAAUGGACUGAUUUUCCAUUUAAUGUUACACUGCCCUAUGCCAACGCCAAGUCCUCAAACGAAACUGCCUUGCCAAUAUCUGCUGCGAGGGUGGAAGGUGCAUUCCAGUCUCCCCUACUGCGUGAUGAACCAACUUCAUGCCAGGUUGACGGGGCCAUGGAUUAUUCUGGAAGAGACUCGCCAAUAGAAAACUUGCCAGUUGAGAAGAUGGAGGUAUCUCAAAUAGCUGGCGUCAAGCGGGUCGCAUCGCCCGAUGUACUUGGUGCAUCCUCGCCAUCGAAACGACAGCGGGUUUCCUGGCUUGUCCGCGAUGAGAGCCUGAGAAGCGAAGCGCCCUCCCGUCGGCACAGCUACGUCGUCGCUAUACCUGGAGACGCUGAAGCCCACGGGGUAUACGAAAAGUUCCGGGGCGACUAUCCAGGCUGUUCAAUCGAAUUCGAUCAUUUCACCAAGCUCUGCUUCAAACUUCACACGCUGCGGCAGGAAGGAAAGCUGCAGCGCUCUUUUCUCUGGGACGAUUUCAUAAUGGUCCAUUUGCGACAAUACCCGGAUUACCUCCAGCAGUGUCUCGCGUCUGAGACCAAAACAUUAUCAUACGAGAACUACUUCCUCGAAAAGAUCUCUCGGCCGCUGUAUAAACGGCGCAGUCUUACCAUCCAUGGGAUUGAAACCUGCGCAGCUCGACAGACCGCGAAAGAGAGGUACAGUUUAAUCGCUGGUCGGCCCCCGUCUCGCACUAGUUCACCCUUUACGGCCGAAGUGGCAGAGAGUCUCUCCAAUCUGGAUGCCUCGUCUUUGUUGAAUCCCGACCAAGGUGCUGCUGCCUUUGAUGCCUUGGUCGUCGAUCAUGUUUCCCAAAUUGUCUCGCCCAUUAGAGAUAUCUCUGUUCCGGAACAGAAGCCAACGUCUUCAGCACUGGGCACAGAACAGCCAUCGAGUCUCGACCAACAGCCAUCAAGUCUAGGCGAGCAGCUACAAAGCUCAAGAGAUCAACAGCCGUCGAGCCUUGACCAACAGCCAUCCAGUCUUGACCAACAGCUAUCGAGUCUAGACGAACAACAACUAGAAAGUUCACGAGGUCGAAAGGAAGCAGAACCGGAAGAUCAACGGUCAUCGGAUGUAGUAAUUGAGUCAAGCUAUCCAUGCCCGGCUUCCUUAUCCCAAUUACCCGUCCGCCACGAGGACGAAGAUGACGAAGAGAUGAUUGAGGCACCCCGAUCCGCGCAGCCAAGUCAUUUCCGCCAAUCGCAGUCGCCUAUCCGACAAUCUACUUCCUCACAACCCAUGCGCUAUCAGGAUGAAGACGAAGACGAAGACAAAGAUGAAGGAGAUGAAGAUGAAGAUGAGCUGAUGGAAGAAGCCCAUGAGACAGCCAGCAUCGAGCUCGGCGAUGAAAACGAACAUCGAUCUGUUCCCGUUGAUAACGCAAUGGACAAUGAACGGCUGUAUAACCCGCAACUGCCUCGUCACGGGUGGUUUGCCUCCUUCUCACGGCUCUACCCGGAUCAACCUGCCCCGGCCUGGUCCGACAGCGCCAAUACGCCGUUCAAGAUGUGGGCGCGGGCCGACCUCAACGUAUUGAUGGACCGGCGAGCACGCGGCGGGGUUGCUCUGCCUACAGAUGAGAAGGGGGUGAUUAUUGCUUCGAAGUGGGGGCUCAAAAGGAGAGAAUAAAGUUAAUCAAUAAGAUACCCAUAGUC